AUGUCGCAAGGUACCAAAGCCAUGGACCCUGUUCCGAACUCUAAUCCAAAUGCAAAAAAUACAACUCCAUCCCUCUUCUCUCCCGCUUCUCUCCUCUGGGCACACCAACUCCGACGCGAACACAACACCCUCGUCUCCCGCCUCGACGCGCUCGAAGAGACUCUGGCAUCCUCUUCUGCUAAGGCAAUCACAACGACGGAAGAAUUGAAGUCGGAUCUCGAGACGAGGGUGAAGGAGGUUGGUGAUGUACUUGGUGUGACUCAGGGCGAGGUUGAGAUGAUUAAAGGGGGUAUUGAAGAGUUGAACGGGUGGAAGGAAGUUUUUGAACAGAGUCAGAGAGAGGCUGUGGGGAAGUGGGAGAGAAAGGAGGAGGAAUGGAGAAGGGAGAGGGAGAAGAGGGAGGAGGCGAGGCAACUAGUUGAGGGGGGUUUAAGAGAGAUCUUAGAUGGAGUUAGAGAGUUGAAAAGGGUUGUGGAGGAGAUGGGGAGGGAGAGGGAGCAGGAGAAGGAGAAAGAAAAGGAAAGGGACAAAGAAAAAGAAAUGACACCACAGGAUGGCUACUCUGCCAUCCUCGUCCCAGACUCCAUGCCACCCGCAUCCCCACCACCACAUCCCGACCAAACCGCUGCCGCCCACUGCGAAUUCCAGACCUCUCCACCACAACUCCCCCGCUCCCCCAUAGCUCAACCCUCAGGAAAAUUCGAAUACGCGGGUAUAGAAAAGGCAGAAGAAGAUGAAGUCCAGGCUCCGCAACAAGGGCCUGGCGAAACUCUUGAAUCGUAUAUGGAACGCUGUUGGGUGGUGUUAUCGCGAUGUCCACGGGGUGAAGAGAAGAGAGUCAUAUCAACUUUUUGGGGGGCGAUGGAGGAUGGGAGUGUUAAGGGUAGUUUGGGAGAGGAGUUGGAGAGGCGGGGGUGGAAGUGGGAAGUUGUUAGGCAGUUUGUAGAUAGUCUGAGCGAGGGAUUAGGAGAACAAGGCAAAGGGAAAGCGGAAGGGGAAGGGGGUGAAAGGAACGUAGCAACAAGUAGAAAUGGGGCUGUUAAGAAGAAGAGGAGAAAGGCAAAGGUGAAGAAGAGAAGGGCCAUCCCUGUUAUUUGGCCGGUUGACGAGGAGGGGGAAGGGUGGCUUGUUGUGAAGAAUGGACUGACUUGA